GCUAUACGCAAGAUUAACCCGGCCGAGACUGCCACCGGGGAAGGUGACAAGUGACGCACAAAAGUGUGACAGGGAAGGCGUGUUCACCGACAGGGAAACAACUCUUAUCAACCCACAUUCCAAUAAUAAUGAAACCCAUCAUGGACCUCCUCUUCCCCCACUAGCGCGAUACCAUCCAUGUCUGCAGAACCUCCAUCCACCAACAACCAUAUGACCUCCCCUCCUCUACCUUCACCAAAUGGAAUAAUUAAUAAUCAUUCCAACGCUCAGCUCGCCCAUCUACUCCAUAACAGUUACUGCGACAAUGACAGACUCACAAAAGAACUAGGCAACACCAAGAAACGCCUCGAAAAGUUAGAGCGUCUACUAGCUGAAUUUCAGGCUGCAACCGUCAACGGUGCUCCCCUCUCAGGCGAGGCUCGUCGUGUCAUCGAAGAAGCAGAGGCACGUGUAGCCCAUGCCGAUAGACAGAGAGACGAGGCAGAAGCACGCAGGCGCGUUGUUCUCGAAUCUUACGACGAACUCAGCAAAUAUCUCGCCGCAAUCGAAUCCCGCGCUGCCGAUGCACGUGCUGGUUUCCAGCGUAUCCUUAGAGAUGCAGGUGGCCAUCUCGUCUUGACACCCAUCCCAAAUCAAAUCCAGCACGAUCACAGCCCCUACUCUGCGAAUCCUAGUAUCACUGUAGAACCCCCAUCACGUCCAUACCAUCGAUCUCACCAUCGCUACACUUCAUCAUCCCUCAGUUCUGGUGCUCUCCCUCCAGCUCUCCCCGCUCCCCCCUCCACUCGUGGUGUCCGUCCUCGCUCAGGCAGCUUCGAUGACACAUCUUAUCUCAUUGCACCCCUCCAGCCACCUUCCAAACGACCUCGCAAUGACCGUGGCGAAUAUGACCACAGGCCUCCACUCUCCGCUACAAUGUCACGCGGUCGCAUUCCUGAUAUCGACCCCCUCCCCCAACAACUUCCUCAAAUUCAACACCAUAACCAUCACCUUAGCAUUCGCCCUACUCAUAAAUCUCACUCCCGGUCCAGCAGUCGAUCUAGUGUCCGUGCUACUUCACAGGACAUCGAGGACCUCCUCCUUGACGCUGCCACUGAUGAAAGGAGCGCUCUCAAUGCCCGCGACCAACAGCCACAGUCUCCCCGUGCCGUGUUGGCUGCACACCAGUCCAGGGGUAUCCCAGUAGGUCCAUUGGAUCAACCUGGCGAGCUCAGGACCUAUCAAACCCACAUUUUUGCCCCUCCCGUCACGGGCGCCCCCCAAAAGAAGGGGAAACCAGGGUCAAGCGCAAAUAUCACUCACAAUGGCUCCCCACUAACACCUCCUAACGCCAUCGUCCCUGCCAUCGCACCAGCACCUCCACCCGCUAUUCCUCCCACCAUCCCUUACCCCCCAACCAACGCAAUUGGCCAGCGCAUCUGCCGCCAAUGUGGUUUACCAGGGCGCUACAAAGACAACAAGUGCGUAGAAAAAUGGGGACCUGGGCCAGAAGGGCCCGGUACCGUAUGCGACCGCUGCAGAAAAAAAAUGAAGCGCGUAGAACGGCGGGGUACGACCGAUGCAAAUGUGGGUGGCAGUAGCAACGCCAGUGCAGCUCGAUUGCACCGUACGGAUACCAUUCCUGUUGGUGUGAUUUCUGGGACGCAGAGACAGACGCAGUCGCAAGUCUUUCCAAGCUCAGCGUCUUUCUCGGCGCCUUCUGUGAUUUUGCAGGAGAAGAAACGUGUCGGCGUGUCUGCAAAGGACAGAGAGAGAGAUCGGAACCGUGACCCUCCCUCCCCGCCUGCAAUCGCCACCCUACAGACGACUGAUGAUGAAGAUCCUGGACGCAGACGACGCGGUGCGGUGUCCUCUGCGCAACACCUUCCUUCUCCCCACUCCGACCCCAACACAGAUCCAGACGCAGACGGCGAAGGUGAUGCGGAUGUAGACGCGGAGUUGAGAGAAGCAGCUGAUGCUGCUGUUGAUCACCGCAGUGCAUCCUCGGCUGGCAUGAAGGAGGAAGACAUGGAAGUUGGGGAGUAAGCACAUGUCCAUUACAGCCGAGGCCGAGAGAAGCGGAAAAAAUACGUGAAUGCUCCAGGCGACGAGAAGAUGAAUGCAAGAUAUUUUCCUUCGCGUUCACGUGGCUUGCGCUUCCUUGACUGGCGUCCUGGUUCUCUGUCUUGUUAUUCCUCGUCUUGGAUCUACGGUGACUCUCGCUAUUGAUUAUCGUUCAGUCGAAUCUCAAAUCUCAAAUCUCUUUCUAUCAUCUAAUGCAAAUCAUCGAAUCGGAUUACCCCACACUCCAAUCAUAUGUUUUCAUCUCAUGCUCAUCUCGCUGUCUGCAACUGUUGUUUUCGUGCUCUUUUCUUUCUUUUUUCUUUCUUUUGCGUCCAUGCGGUUCAUCGUCGUUCAUCAUUUCGUGCUAUCUGUAUCAAUCCAACUAGUAUGUCUCGAGUCGAUCAGUCCGCAUUGAGUCAACAAGUCUGUGCUUUGUCGACGUCGCGCAUCACGCACGCCCUAAUCUCCCACUCA